ACAAAACAAACAAACAAACAAAAAAACCCCGCCACUGCGAGACAGAUCUUCGCUUUCUGCAAGAAGAGUCCGACGUGAUCUGCAAAUCGCUGCUGCUUGACACCUCCCAGGGCGAGCUGCACGGCACACACACACGUUCACACACUCCGCCUCUCCCCUCGGCUGAAGGCACCGGGAAUUAUCGCCUCCUCCUCGUCUGCAGGGAUUUCCAGAUCGCUGAUUUUUAAUCUUCCUGGGGAAGCCUUUUUCUCUGCCUCUGUUGGGAAUUAAGUGGCUUAUUUUAUUUCUUUCUCUCUCUCUUUUUUUUUUUUUUGCCUCUCUCCUGGUGAGGGAAGAAGACGCUUUAGGCGAAAAAGAAAAACAACAGACUGAACUGACACACAAAAUACGAUUUUUUUAAAAAAGAAAAGAAAUCGUGGAUUGGAAAAGAAAGAGAAGGGGGAAACCUUGCUGCUUAGAAUAUUAGCUUCAAACACCACCUUCUCCUUCCUUUGGGGGGCCGCCCAAGGGUGCACCUCAAAGCAUCAGCAGCACAAGACAAGAAGAGAGUCCGGGAAGAGGAAGAAAUCCUUCACACGAACUCUCGCAGGCAGGCUGGGUCCAGAGACUUCUCCUGCCCGCGCCGCUUGAGAGAGACUUUCCCCCACCCCCUUGGAAAGGAAGAAAAGGAAGGGGGGAAGGAAGAAGAGAGAGAAAGAGAGAGUGAGGAAGAAAAAGAAGAGUCCCCUCAGCUCCCUCAUCAUGGGAGCUCAGUGCAUGCUGACUCUUGCUCUCCUCUCGGUGCUGCUUUGCCCUGGCCAGGUCGGGUGCUCCGGGGUCUUUGAGCUGAAGCUGCAGGAGUUCGUGAACAAGAAGGGGCUCCUGGGCAACCGCAACUGCUGCCGUGGGGGCAGCGGCGGCGGCGGCGGGCCAGGCGCAGGGGCGGCGCUGCAGCAGUGCGACUGCAAGACCUUCUUCCGCGUGUGCCUCAAGCACUACCAGGCCAGCGUGUCCCCUGAGCCCCCCUGCACCUACGGCAGUGCCAUCACGCCCGUGCUGGGCGCCAACUCCUUCAGUGUGCCUGACAGCGCGGCCGGCGCCGACCCCGCCUUCAGCAACCCCAUCCGCUUCCCCUUUGGCUUCACCUGGCCCGGCACCUUCUCCCUCAUCAUCGAGGCGCUGCACACGGAUUCUCCAGAUGACCUCAACACAGAGAAUCCAGAGCGGCUUAUCAGCCGGCUGGCCACACAGAGACAUCUGACAGUGGGGGAGGAGUGGUCCCAAGACCUGCACAGCAGUGGCCGCACUGACCUCAAGUACUCCUACCGCUUUGUGUGUGAUGAGCACUACUAUGGAGAGGGCUGCUCUGUCUUCUGCCGCCCAAGGGAUGAUGCCUUUGGCCACUUCACUUGUGGAGAGCGUGGUGAGAAGGUCUGCAAUCCAGGAUGGAAAGGCCAGUACUGCACUGAACCGAUUUGUUUGCCUGGAUGUGAUGAGCAGCAUGGGUUUUGUGACAAACCUGGGGAAUGCAAAUGUAGAGUGGGAUGGCAGGGCCGUUACUGUGAUGAGUGCAUCCGAUAUCCAGGCUGCCUUCAUGGUACCUGUCAACAGCCUUGGCAAUGCAACUGUCAGGAAGGUUGGGGUGGCCUUUUCUGUAACCAAGACCUUAAUUACUGUACACAUCAUAAGCCUUGCAAGAAUGGUGCCACUUGCACCAAUACUGGCCAGGGAAGCUAUACCUGUUCAUGCCGUCCAGGAUUCACUGGCUCUAACUGUGAGGUUGAGAUCAAUGAAUGCGAUGCCAACCCCUGCAAAAAUGGUGGAAGCUGCACUGAUCUGGAAAACAGCUAUUCCUGUACUUGCCCCCCUGGAUUCUAUGGCAAAAACUGUGAGCUGAGUGCAAUGACUUGCGCUGAUGGGCCAUGCUUCAAUGGAGGGCGAUGCACAGACAACCCUGAUGGUGGAUACAGCUGUCGUUGCCCAGUGGGUUACUCUGGGUUUAACUGUGAAAAGAAAAUUGACUACUGCAGCUCCAGCCCUUGUGCUAAUGGGGCCCAGUGUGUUGAUCUUGGAAAUUCCUACAUAUGCCAAUGCCAGGUUGGUUUUACUGGAAGACACUGUGAUGAUAAUGUGGAUGACUGUGCCUCCUUUCCUUGUGCUAAUGGUGGAACUUGCCAAGAUGGAAUUAAUGAUUAUUCCUGCACCUGCCCUCCAGGAUACAAUGGGAAGAACUGUAGUGCCCCAGUCAGCAAAUGUGAACACAACCCUUGUCACAAUGGGGCUACUUGCCAUGAAAGAAACAACCGUUAUGUGUGUGAGUGUGCUCGGGGAUAUGGCGGACUCAACUGUCAGUUUUUGCUCCCCGAACAGCCUCAGGGACCUGUCAUUGUUGACUUUACUGAGAAGUACACUGAAGGACCGAACACACAGUUUCCUUGGAUUGCCGUGUGUGCUGGAAUAAUUCUGGUCCUGAUGCUGUUGCUGGGGUGUGCUGCUGUUGUUGUUUGUGUCAGACUCAAAAUGCAAAAGAGGCACCGUCAGCCUGAUGCAUGCAGGAGUGAAACUGAGACCAUGAACAACUUGGCCAACUGCCAACGUGAGAAGGACAUUUCAAUAAGUGUUAUUGGUGCCACUCAGAUUAAGAACACGAAUAAGAAAGUAGACUUUCACAGUGAUAAUAACUCUGAUAAAAAUGGCUACAAAGUUAGAUACCCAUCAAUGGAUUACAAUUUGGUGCAUGAACUCAAAAAUGAGGACUCUGUUAAAGAGGAACACAGCAAAUGUGAAGCCAAGUGUGAAACAUAUGAUUCAGAGGCAGAGGAGAAAAGUGCAGUACAACUAAAGAGUGAUACAUCUGAAAGAAAACGACCAGAGUCAGUAUAUUCAACUUCAAAGGACACUAAGUACCAGUCGGUGUAUGUCAUAUCAGAAGAGAAAGAUGAGUGCAUCAUAGCAACUGAGGUGUAAACCAGAGGUGAUAUGGCAAAGUUGUUGUUCAAAACAAUUUCAAAGGAGAUAUGCCCCAAUGAAUGCUGCUGAAAGAGGAAUGGGAGAUAGAUUCCUUCACUGACUGCUGCUGAGAAACUAAAUUCAGGCUGAGCUGGUUCUCUACUGAAGUUAGCAAAGUGACUGCAAAAAAA